AUGUCUCUGCACUCUUCUCUGCCUCAUAAUAUCAGACAGAAUCUGACCAAUCUCACUGGUACCCUUUUUAUCAGCAAUAAAACUCGAGACUGUGGCGAUGCAUUCAACAAUAUCCCAGUUAAUGAGACAGUGUCCAGCCUCCCUUUACAGAUGGCACUGUAUUUCAAUGCCAUCUUCUUUCCAUUCUGGUGGGUGUCAGAAGUGGUUAUGAUCCAUCUUAAGUACAACAUGUUGCCAGGAUACUACCAAUGGCUACUGCUGGCUGCUGUAAUAAUUAUCACAGUGACUGAAAGUAUUCGUCUGUGUCUGGGCUACAUGGGAAACUUGGAAGAAAAGCUGCCAGAGUUAGCUGGAUUUUGGUUGCUGUCCUUUGUCAUCCAGCUACCCAUCAUUUUGUUCCUCCUCACCGAUGAAUCCAUCAUCAUCCUACCCCUGGAAAGGGGUAUGAAUAUUAUCUACUCCAUAUUCCUGGUUUUUGAGUUGGUUCUGGGAUUCCGGGCCCUAAGGGAAAUGACGAAUCACCUAACAAAACGCUUCUACCUCCAACAGUUUCAGGAGCCAGAGUAUCCUCAACGGCACAAAAGAAGUCAAGAAACUGGUAUUCCAUUUGGGAGCGGUUCUAUUUUCCUUGUGUAG